ACACACACACAUCAGCAGCAAAUUAGUGUGAAAUACAAGAAGCUGGCAGCUUUUAUUUUGAAAGGACGAACCCCCCCCUGGUGCUCCAGAGUGAGUUUCUCCUCUGAGUCGAUCUCCGUCUCUUUCCUCUGCUCACAGUCCAACAUCCAACAUCUCCUCACUGGUCAAACUGGGCUCGGAACCAGGACACACAGCAGAGCAGCAGAGCAGGAACCUCCACAGGCGAGAGAUGAAACUGUGGCCAGUUUUCAUGUGUUUGUGUGUGAGAGUCGUCUCAGGAACAUUUGACCACGUGUACGAGGAGCACGGCAUCAUGGACCCGGAGGAUGUUCUCAGUGUGAGUGUUCCCCUGGAGGGACCACAGCGCCCUCUACUGGGAGGAGCACUGGUGCUACCGUGUUACUUUGAGGACCACACAGUUCCAGACCCAGGAGCUCCCACCAUCACGCCGCUCUCCCACCGCAUCAAGUGGAGCCUGGUCACUGAAGAAAAGGUCACGACCAUCCUGGUGGCGUUGGAGGGACGUGUGCGUAUCACAGACAGUUACCUGGACAGAGUUCACCUGCUGGGAUAUCCCCAAACACCAACUGACGCCAGCAUCCAGAUCUCAGACCUGCGGUCCAGGGACUCGGGAGCGUAUCGCUGUGAGGUCCAGCACGGCAUCGAGGACGACCACGACCUCGUCCACCUGCAGGUCCAAGGCAUCGUGUUCCACUACCGAGGCAUCAGGGGGCGCUACACUCUGACGUUUGACCAGGCGGCGGCGGCGUGCUCUCAGAACAGCGCCGUGGUGGCUUCACCUGAACAGCUCCAAGCUGCCUUCGAUGGCGGUUUCCACCAAUGUGACGCCGGCUGGCUCUCUGAUCACACAGUCAGGUACCCGAUCCACGACCCUCGUGAGCAGUGCUACGGGGACAAAGAGGAUCUGCCGGGGGUCCGGACCUACGGCAGGAGGGACCUGAACGAGACCUACGACGUGUACUGCUUCUCAGAGAAGAUGACAGGCAGAGUGUUCCACAGGGCCGCAGCAGAGAAGUUCAGCUUCUCUGAGGCUGUGGCGGCCUGCUCCAAUCAGGGAGCUCAGCUGGCCACCACAGGUCAGCUCCACCUGGCCUGGCAGGGGGGGAUGGACGUGUGUAACGCCGGCUGGCUGCGGGACCAGAGUGUUCGAUACCCCAUCAACAUCCGGCGGCCGCAGUGUGGAGGAGGUCUGCUGGGAGUGAGGACCGUCUACCUGCACGCUAACCAGACAGGAUACCCCCGCCCUGAAGCUCGCUACGACUGCUUCUGCUACACCGAGUCUCCUGAUGAUGAAGGCUCCGGCCUCCCAGAGGAGGGCAGUGGCGUUCUGAGCGUUAGCACAGUGACGCAGAGCCCUGAGGUGUUCUUCAGGAGGACGACCACAGAGAGCGAAGCACUGGGAGAGCUGGAGACCCAGCAACCCACCGCUGUGGAUUUCACAGAAAGUCCCACAGAGCUGCCGCUGCCUCAGCCGCCCAGCGUCACCGAGCGCAUCACCGACCUGAUAGAGGCCGUCACCGCCCGGGCCGGCGUCGGCAGGGAGCCCAGCAAAGGCUUUGUGAUGCCUCCUACUGGCGUGGUCUUCCAUUACCGCUCCGGCUCCGGUCGCUAUCGGUUCACCUUCGUUGAAGCUCAGCUGGCCUGUCAGAGCGCCGGAGCCGCCAUGGCCACAGCAGAGCAGCUGCAGGCAGCAUAUGAGGCCGGAUAUCACCAGUGUGAUGCAGGAUGGUUACUGGACCAGACUGUGAGGUAUCCCAUUGUUUUCCCUCGAGAGAAGUGCGUUGGAGAUCUGGGGGAUCAACCCGGAGUCCGCUCGUACGGUCUGAGGCCCGGAGACGAGAGAUAUGAUGUUCACUGCUACGUCGACGGGCUCAAAGGUGAGGUGUUCCAUGUGGGAUCUGCUGAGGGCUUCACCUUCGCUGAGGCUUCUUCCAGCUGUCGAGAGCAGAACGCCGUGUUGGCCUCCCCUGGAGAGCUCCACGCAGCCUGGAGGAUGGGUUUGGACAAGUGCCGUGCUGGCUGGCUGCUGGAUCUGAGCGUCCGGUUUCCCAUCAACAAGCCUCGAGCCCAGUGUGGAGCAGGGAAAUCUGGAGUGCACUCUGUGUACGCUAGCCCCAACCAGACUCGCUUCCCUGAAGAUGCCAGAUUUGAUGCAUACUGCUUCAGAGCUGAUCUUCUACCUUUUGCAAAUGAAACUGGACUGAACCUCACAGAAAUCCAGGAGGUGCUUCUGAACCUGACGUCCAUCACUGAGUUGUUGAGGCCCGCUGUUCCCUCGGUCGCUCCUCCAAUCCCUGUGGAGUCGUCAGGCUCUGGUUCGGGUUCUGCAGACUUUGGUUCAGGGUCUGCAUUCGGAAGUGCCUCUGGGGGUCCCUCAGGAGACCUCUCUGGUUCUGGAAACCAGGUUGCCUCAGGAGACCUCUCUGGUUCUGGAGACCAGGUUACCUCAGGAGACCUCUCUGGUUCUGGAGACCAGGUUACCUCAGGAGACCUCUCUGGUUCUGGAAACCAGGUUACCUCAGGAGACCUCUCUGGUUCUGGAGACCAGGUUACCUCUGGAGACCUCUCUGGUUCUGGAAUCCAGGUUGCCUCUGGAGAUCUCUCUGGGUCAGGAGACCUCUCUGGUUCUGGAAUCCAGGUUACCUCUGGAGAUCUCUCUGGGUCAGGAGACUUCUCUGGUUCUGGAAACCAGGUUACCUCUGGAGAUCUCUCUGGGUCAGGAGACCUCUCUGGUUCUGGAAUCCAGGUUACCUCUGGAGAUCUCUCUGGGUCAGGAGACCUCUCUGGUUCUGGAAUCCAGGUUACCUCUGGAGAUCUCUCUGGGUCAGGAGACUUCUCUGGUUCUGGAAACCAGGUUACCUCUGGAGAUCUCUCUAGGUCAGGAGACCUCUCUGGUUCUGGAAAUACGGUUGGCUCUGGAGAUCUCUCUGGUUCUGGAGACAUCUCUGGUUCUGGAGACCAGGUUGUCUCUGGAGAUUUGGCUGGAAGCGGGAGUGCAGAGCUGCUCAGUGGAGUGUCUGGUCUUGGUAGUGCAGAUGCUUCUGGAUCAGGUCUUAGUGGAGGAGAAUCUGGGAUCGCUGUGGUUUUCUCAGGAUUUGACAGUUUUGGCUCUGGAAAGGGCUCAGUUUCAGGAGGAUUCCAAGAAGCUGGAGAGGGGAGCACAGGAAUUCUGAUGUUCCCUUCAUCUGAAGUGGGCUCUGGAGUUCUCAGUGGCAGCGGGGACCUGUCUGGAUCUGGAUUUGUGUUCAGCUCUGGGGAAAGUGAAAAAUUCUCUGGCAUGCCAUCCGGUUUCAUCACCAGUCAGGACUUUUCUGGGUUCAGCGGUUUCCCAUCAGGAUCUUCCUCUGGUAGUGGACACUCAGGAGAGCUUUCAGGAAGUGGAGACGCUCAAGUCUCACUGAUUGAUUCUGAAUUGAUCGAUGUGUCCUCUCCGAUUACCCACAAGGAGCAUGAACUUGGUGGGGACCGGCUGGUGUUCAGUGGAUCUGGAGACAUUUCAGGUUCUGGGAUUCUCAGUGGCGAUCACAGCGGGUCUUCUUCAGGAAGUGACUCAUGGUUCCUCUCAGGCGUGACCUUGGUGGGGUCAGGGUUCACUGAGCUUUCAGUGUCAUCCUCUGGAGAGCAGGAGGCCUCUGGGUCUUUACUCUACAGCUCUGGACAGGGAGGUGGACACUUGUCUGGGUUUGGUAGCUCAAGUUUCAUCUCUGGGUUCACUUCAGGAAUGUCUGGAUCAGGAAUGUCUGCAUCAGGAAUGUCUGGAUCAGGAUGGUCUGGAUCGAAGUCCUCUACCAGUGGAGAAGGCAGUGUCACAUUUGUGUCUGGAGACUUCCUGACAGAAGCAUCUGGAGAUGCUCUGUCUCUGGAGCUGGGACAGGGGUCUGCAGUGUACAGUGGAGAAGGAAGCUGGAGCAGCAGCGGCGACGACACGUCCACAGGCACCAGCAUCUCCUCAGGAGUUUCCUCUGGAGUUUCCUCUGGAGUUUCCUCUGGAGAUCUUCCACAGGCGCUGCUGCCCUCGACCUCGGGAUGGGGGUUAACAGACAGCACAACAGGACCAGAGGAGGCUGAUGUUUCACAGACUCACGAUGAAGUUCACGUGACCCAUGGUCCUGCACUCGCCCCAGCAGGACUGGCUGCUCCUCCCACCGCAGAGACACAAGGCAUUGUGGGAAAAACAGUGGAAGGUGACCCGGACCCGUGUGAUCCGAACCCCUGUGGUGACGCUGGGUGCUCGGUGGAGGCCGGAGCUGCUCUCUGCCACCAUGAGCAGCAGUGUGAAGACGGGUGGACGAAGUUCCAGGGGAACUGCUACCUGCACCUCUCUGACAGAGAGACGUGGCUGGACGCGGAGCACCGCUGCCGGGACCGGAACGCCCACCUGGUCAGCAUCAUCACGCCAGAGGAGCAGGACUUUGUCAACUCAAACGCUCAGGACUAUCAGUGGAUCGGCCUGAAUGACAAGACGGUAGAGAAGGACUUCCGCUGGACAGACGGUUCUCCUCUGCAAUUUGAGAACUGGAGGCCGAACCAGCCGGAUAAUUACUACAACGCCGGAGAAGACUGUGUGGUGAUGAUCUGGCACGAGGGGGGGCAGUGGAACGACGUGCCCUGCAACUACCACCUGCCCUUCACCUGCAAGAAGGGUCCAGUGUCUUGUGGCGCCCCCCCGGAGGUGGACCACGCCCACAUGUUUGGUAACAGGAAGGAGGAGUAUCCUGUCAACUCCAUCAUCCGGUAUCGAUGCGACGCAGGGUUCACACAGCGCCACCUACCGGUGGUCCACUGUAAGGCAGACGGACAGUGGGAGGAGCCUCAGGUGGAAUGUACUGACGUGAAAGCCAGAAGAAGAAGCCAGCGGAGCCGGAGUCCAGCAGCCGAACUCCACUGAGGAGCGAAGAAGAAGAAACCAUCGUUUGAAAAGAACAUUUCAGUGAAGAGGAUUUGAACAGGAACAUUUCUGGAUGGAUGGAUAAUAUAUUUCAUUAGAUGCAUCAUUUUAUUGUUUUGAGUAUAUUAUCAGUGUGUGUUUGUUGAAAUUGUGUUAUAUGAGCUGUAGAUCUGUAUCACACAGAAUCGUGUUGGUGUAGAUCUGCUUCACGAUGUGUUUGUUUCCUGUUGAGAUGAGUCAGUUCUCUGUAUCGUCUGGUUCUCACACUCAGGAUGUCAGGCCUCAUUUUGAAAACCGAGUGAAACCCUGCAGCUCAGGAAACACACGUUGUGUUCAUGUUGCUCAGAGGUGAAUCAAUAAUCAGCUGCUGAGGAUAUGAACACAGGAGAUUUACAUCCCAGAUCAAACCCUUCAUGGUCAAUAUAUUGUUUGACAAUUCAAAUUAGUCCUUUAAGCACAAGAACAAACCAAAGUCCAUAUUCUGCAUUUGAGAUUUAAGUAUCUCAAACUAUAAUAUAACUACUAUAACUAGUUAUAUUAUAUUGUAUACAUUUUUAAGAAAUAUGAAUUAAGAUUUUAUUAUUUAUCCCAACAUGAGUGGAAACCCUAUUCAACCAAAGAGAAACAAACCACACAAACUUCUGUGGUCGUAUAUUUAGUCAUGAAGGUGAAUUAAACAGUUUUAUUUAUUGGCUCCACUCGGUGACAGAGUCUCUGCUGGACCGAGCCCGUCUGGACAUUCAGUCCUGAUGGGAGACCACAGCAGCGUCGGGGGGGUGGAGGUCAGGCAGAUCCAUAAUGCAUAUUUAAUAGAUUUAAAGUGUAGCCACAGUUUGUGGUUUGAGUCUUGUGUUGUCUGUGUUUAGUGUCUGUGCAGUGCACAGUGUCUGUGGAACAAUGAACCUGUUCUAUCUGUUUUAUUUCUGUACCUCAGAGGAAAUCCUUUGCUGAAACACACAGUGGGAACUGCUUUCAUGUGUGCACUUGUUUUGUGUGGUAGUUGUGUACGUGGAGGCUGUGCCUCCUUCAAACUGCACUCAGCUGCUGAGAGGAGCUUCAGGAGGAGCUGCACAUCGACGAGGAGGAAUCUGCUGAUCUCUGCGUUUCUUUGUUCAUGUAAAUCUGCUCUAUGUCAUUUCUCUGCCAUGAGGCCACGCCCACAGACAUGAAUGAGUCUCAGUGUCAAACCGACUCGAGCUUCAUAAACAACAGCAGCUGUUUGAGAGGAAAGUCCUGACAGGUUUCCAUGUUCAUACUGGAAAAUAUAAAGAACUUUAAACACAA